CUAUGUUUGAGUUCAUCUCUUGAGUUUUCUGAAUAAGGUGGUCCCAUAAAAGGUAUCAAUUAAUUCACCCAACGAUUAUAAAACAAAAGUGUUUACACCAGAAUAUCGCCAAUCAUAGUUUCUCUCAUUUUAUAAUAAUUUUCUCCAUCUUCUUCCUUCCUCUUCAAGCUUAUAGAACCUCCAAGAACCAUAAAACUCUCUCUGCAACAAUCUAUACUUUCUUCAUUACUUUUAUAAAAAAUGGGAAGACAUUCUUGUUGUUUUAAGCAGAAGCUAAGAAAAGGCCUUUGGUCUCCUGAAGAAGAUGAGAAACUUCUCAAUUACAUCACUAGACAUGGUCAUGGCUGUUGGAGUUCUGUCCCUAAACUCGCAGGUUUGGUCUCUAUGUGCUCUUAUAUUAUAUAUAGCUUAAAGAGGUUUAUAUAGCAUCGUUUAUAAUGUUUUUAUAUGCGUUGGUGGAUAUAUAUGAUCAAAUAGGUUUGCAAAGAUGUGGAAAGAGUUGUAGACUUAGGUGGAUAAAUUAUUUGAGACCAGAUUUAAAGAGAGGAGCUUUCUCUCAAGACGAAGAAAGCUUGAUCAUUGAGCUCCAUGCUGCAUUAGGCAACAGAUGGUCUCAAAUCGCAACGCGGUUACCGGGAAGAACAGACAACGAGAUCAAAAACUUUUGGAACUCAUGUCUUAAGAAGAAGCUGAGAAGAAAAGGCAUUGACCCAACAACACAUAAACCCUUAAUAACAAACGAGCUUCAAUCUCUUAACGUCAUAGAUCAGAAACUGACGUCAUCAGAAGUAGUAAAGUCAACGGGUUCGAUAAACAACCUACAUGAUCAGUCAAUGGUCGUCUCAUCGCAACAAGGUCCAUGGUGGUUCCCGGCGAAUACAACUACGACUAAUCAAAACUCUGCGUUUUGCUUUAGUUCAAGUAAUACUACAACGGUUUCAGACCAGAUCGUAUCUUUAAUCUCUUCAAUGUCUACGUCAUCAUCUCCGACACCAAUGACUUCAAACUUCAGUCCUGCUCCAAACAACUGGGAACAACUCAACUACUGCAACACAGUACCAAGUCAGAGCAACAGUAUCUACAGUGCCUUCUUUGGUAAUCAAUACACAGAAGCUAGCCAAACCAUGAACAAUAAUAAUCCACUAGUAGAUCAACAUCAUCAUCAUCAAGACAUGAAGUCAUGGGCAUCAGAGAUUCUUCAUUACACAGAACACAACCAAAGCUCAGAAACUGUUAUAGAAGCAGAAGUGAAGCCAGACAUUGCCAACUACUACUGGAGAUCAGCAUCAUCAUCGUCGUCACCAAACCAAGAAGCUGCAACAUUACUACACGAUGCUAACGUGGAAGUGUACGGUAAAAAUCUACAAAAGCUUAAUAACAUGGUGUUUGAUCAGAGCCUUUAGAUUAUUAACAUGUGUUAUAGAGAGUUUCAUUUUCUAUUCAUAUUCAUAGACCUGAGUUUAUUGAUUGAUCCAUACAUUUGUUAUGCUUGUGUGUAAAGUAUGUAUAUGGUUUUUGAUUUAUGUAAAUUUUCUGCUCGAGUGAAUUUUUUUGGUGCUAAGAUGUAGUUCUUUAUUCCAUUUCCUUACUUAUGACUUUGACCUGAAUUGAGU